AUGGCGGGUGCGGCUGUUCGAAACAACGCCCUCCCUGGAAUGCAACAUAAUGGGUUCAUUAAGAUCAGGUCGCAAAAGCAAAUCGGGAUUAAGGUAGUGGUGGAAGGGGAGGAGGAGAGAAGAAGUGGUGGUGAAGGUGGUGGUGAUGAAUUGGAGGGCCAGCUCCAGCGUCAGGAAGGAACUUGA